AUGUCCGCCGCUACCUGCGGCGCUUCCUCUUCCUCCUCCUCGCCCUGGCUCCUGCCAGGCUCCGCCUACUUCCUAUUCUCUCACUCCGCCCCCACUUACAGCUCAACCAAUCAGAGAGCACAACACCCCGACACACACACUGAUAAACACCCCAACACACACACUGAUAAACACCCCAACACACACACUGAUAAACACCCCAACACACACACUGAUAAACACCCUGACACACACACUGAUAAACACCCCGACACACACACUGAUAAACACCCCAACACACACACUGAUAAACACCCCAACACACACACUGACAGACGAUCUGACCCCAACACACACACUGAUAAACACCCCGACACAAACACUGAUAAACACCCCAACACACACACCGAUAAACACACUGGCAGACUAUCCGACCGCGACACGCAGCCCCUCCCCUCAGUCGACCCAGUAGUAUUGGUACUAGUAGAAUCACAGUAUAGCCAGUUAGGACAGGACAUAGUCGCCAUCCUGGAGUCAGCCAGGUACCCCUUCACAACAGAGAUCACCCCGGGGAAGAGAGACCUGCCUCCUCUCACUGACCAGGGGCGUGGUCGCUACAUCCUGGUCAUCUACGAGAGUCUGUUGAAGUACGCCCACACUGACCCCGGGAACAGACAGCUGCUACACCAGUACUGUCUCCGUUAUCGAGUCGGCAUCAUCACCUUCCACAGAGCCAAUCAGAACUCUCCGCCCCUGCUGAAUCUCCGGGGUCUUCCCCUGCUGCUACGGACCAAUCAGGCGCUCCGAGACGCCUCUGUGAUGUCACGUUCGCCCCUCCUCCACCUGACGCGGGCUGAGACGGACCGUGGACCACUCCCUGGUGAUGACUGGACCACAUUCUCCUCCAACCACUCCUCCUACCAGGCUGUUGUCCAGGCACGGCCCAGGGAGGGAGGCCCCGGAGUGGGCAGCGGAGAUAAUCCAGUCCCUGGUUUCAGUCGGGGCCUACGGGCUACGGUGGUGUUGGAUGCGGGGCUUUUUGACGGUGUUCAAAGGGUCAUCUUCGGACACGGCCUGGGCUACUGGCUACACAGGCUCCUAUUGGUGGACGCUAUCACUUACCUCACGGACAGGAAGUUGUCGUUGGGGUUGGAGCGUCACAUCCUGGUGGAUAUAGAUGACAUCUUUGUUGGGAAGGAAGGAACACGCAUGAACACCAAGGAUGUUAAGGCCCUCCUGGACACUCAGAACCAGCUGAGAUCUCGAAUCACCAACUUCACCUUUAAUCUCAAAUCUGGAAAGUUCUACCAUACAGGUACAGAUGAAGAGGAUGAGGGAGAUGAUGUGCUGCUCGGUUCUGUAUCAGAGUUCUGGUGGUUCCCUCACAUGUACAGCCACAUGCAGCCACACCUCUUCAACAACCUCACCUCUCUGCUGGAGCAGAUGGUCCUUAACAAGGACUUCGCUCUG